GCACGCUCGUCUUAGAAAACAUCUGCGGACAGACACAUCGGAUCCAGACCCCUAUGAUAGCCGUUGGCCGUGAAAUCAUCUACACCCUCACGCAACCGUCCAACCAUAAGCUGACCAAAGAUUGGCUCGGCCCUGCCACAGUACUUACAGACACAGCUCAGGUUAUGCACAAUAUCCUUGACAAAACUUGUAACAAGGAGUUCCGUGUCCACAUUAAGACUAUUAAGGCACACUUGCCAUCAAUCGGACAGGAACUCCGGCCGAUGGGCGCUAUCGUCGCCUCUGCUUUCGGAAUCUGGCUUUUCUUCAACUUCCCACUUGCCGAUGACCCCAACGAAGCACACCUGGCCGAACUAGUUGCCAUGUUUUGCACCAGUGUGCCAGCUAAAGGCUCUCUUUGUGGUUGUUCUCGACAGCCUUCAACAAAUGGAACACCCUUCCGCGGACCACAGGACGUCUCUAUCUACGCUCCGCGAAGCAUACGAAUUCGCCCACAGCCGCUCUGCCUGUGA